CAUUUUGACUUCACCUGAAUAUAUAUGUGUGUGUUUAAUAUGUGAGAGACAUGAGUCUGGAUGACGACACGCGCUGGCUGGAAUGGGUCACCAAGCAGUUCGAGAGCAUUGCAGGAGAAGACAAAGAAAUCGACCUGGAUGAGUUUAAAACAGCUCUAAAGGUUAAAGAGUCAUUUUUCGCGGAGCGUUUUUUUGCCCUGUUUGACUCUGAUGGCAGCAGCUCCAUCAGUCUGGAUGAACUUCUCAAGGCUUUAGAUCUUUUGAUUCACGGCACUGAAACAGACAAACUGCGCUUCCUCUUCCAGGUCUACGAUGUGGAUGGCAGUGGAUCCAUAGACCCAGAUGAGUUGCGAACGGUUCUGAAGUCCUGCCUGCGGGAGAGUGCGAUCUCCCUCCCUGAGGAGAAGCUGGAUGAUCUGACUCUGGCACUGUUCGAAUCUGCCGAUAAAGACAACAGUGGCUCCAUCACCUUUGAAGAGCUCAAGGCAGAGCUGGAGACCUUCCCCGAGGUCAUGGAGAACCUCACCAUCAGUGCCGCCAACUGGCUGAAACCUCCAGAUCAGGAGCAGAACAAGCGUAAAACCCCCCGCUACCUGACACGUGCGUACUGGCACAACAACAGUCGCAAACUCUUCUUCCUCUGCCUGUACGGUCUCCUGAACAUCUUCCUCUUCAUCAUGGCCAUGCUGAAACAUGCAGACGGAGGACUCUGGAUUAUGCUGGCCAGAGGCUGCGGUCAGUGCCUCAACCUCAACUGCACUUUUGUUAUGGUGCUGAUGUUGAGGCGUUGUCUGACGUGGCUGAGGGCCACUUGGGUGGUCAGGGUCUUGCCUUUGGACCAGAAUAUUCUACUGCAUCAGAUCGUAGGUUACGCCAUCUUGAUCUUCAGCAUUGGACAUACGGGUGCUCACAUCCUGAACUUUGCCCGUUUGUCUCAGAAUGAUGGCGCGUACCAGCUGUGGGAGUAUCUGUUCACCAUUCGCCCUGGCAUCGGCUGGGUCAACGGCACUGCCUCCAUUACUGGCGUAGUAAUACAGAUUCUCAUUGGCCUGAUGGUGGUCUGUUCUAGCACAUUCGUCAGACGCAGUGGACAUUUCGAGGUCUUCUACUGGUCUCAUCUGUCCUACAUCUGGGUUUGGGCUCUGCUGGUCGUCCACUGUGCAAACUUUUGGAAAUGGUUUGUGGUUCCAGGAGUGGUUUUCCUCAUCGAGAAGCUUGUUGGAAUAGCAGUGUCCCGUAUGGGUGGCCUGUACAUAGUUGAAGUCAACUUAUUGCCCUCAAAGGUGACGCAUUUGGUAAUCAAGAGGCCUCCGUUUUUUCAGUUCAAACCUGGGGAUUAUGUGUAUAUAAACAUCCCCACUAUCGCCAAAUAUGAGUGGCAUCCGUUUACCAUCAGCAGUGCGCCUGAGCAGCAAGAAACGUUGUGGCUGCACAUUCGUUCAAUGGGCCAGUGGACAAACCGCCUGUACGAGUAUUUCAGACAACCGGACGCUCAGACCAUCAGCAACAAGAGGCUGACAGCCAGCCUGAGGAGCAGACGGCACCAAAGCAGAGCGCAGGAGGAAAUGUUCCGGUCUGCAAGCUGCAGUGGAUCUGUGGCAUCUAAUAAGGAUGAUGCUGUUGAACUGACCAUGUACCGGACAAACGGGACCCGAAGAAACUCCCAGAACCCCGUCUGUGACCCAGCAGCCCAGGCCGAACUAGGAGAUGCUUCUUCGGCCACCAGAGAAGUCAGUUUUCUGUCUGAACAUAGUAAUCUGACGGCAAAAUUAAGUGAAAACCACAGAUAUUGUAACAUUAAGUGUUAUGUGGACGGACCUUUCGGCACUCCAACUCGACAGAUCUUUGCAUCUGAGCAUGCAAUACUUAUCGGCGCUGGAAUCGGUAUCACUCCGUUCGCAUCCAUUUUGCAGAGCAUCAUGUUCCGCUAUCGUAUGAGAAAGCAGAACUGCCCCAACUGCAGCUACUCCUGGUGUGAAACCAUCAAAGACAAUGAAAUGAAGCUGAGGAAGGUGGACUUUAUUUGGAUCAACCGUGAUCAGAAGUCCUUCGAAUGGUUUGUGAGUCUCUUGACCAAACUGGAGAUGGACCAGGCAGAUGAAGAGGCAGAUGGUCGGUUUUUGGAAAUGCACAUGUACAUGACAUCAGCCCUCAGUAAGAAUGAUAUGAAGGCCAUAGGUCUGCAGAUGGCUCUGGAUCUGCUGGCCAAGAAAGAGAAGAGAGAUUCAAUCACUGGGCUUCGCACACGUACUCAGCCAGGAAGACCAGAUUGGGCAAAGGUUUUUCAGAAAGUGUCUGAGGAGAAGAAGGGAAAGGUUCACGUGUUUUACUGCGGUUCUCCAGCUCUGGCCAAAGUCAUCAAGGCCCAGUGUGAGCAUUUUGGGUUCCACUUUUACAAAGAAAACUUUUAAUUUAUUACUUCAGGUGU